GGAACACUGGGGGCCUUGGGUGUCCCUGAGGUCAGGAUAGGGGACACUGGAGUGGCCCUGAGAUCAGACUGAGCAGCAAGGAGUUCAGCAGGACGACCCGGGGGAGCAGGGAAGGGGGUGUCACCCCCUAACCCCCCUGCCGCCACCCUCCCCCGUGGCGUGGUGCCCUGGCAGCCCGGUGCGCCUCCGCCAUGCCGGCGUCCGCCGCCCCGCUAACCAUCCGCCCAAUGCGGCCUGACGAAGCCCCUGCCGUCCUGCAGCUCCUCCAGGAUGCCUUCCAGGAUGCCGAGACCCGCCUGAUCCUGCACGUGCUGACACGACCCCCGGCCCUGCUGCUGCUGGCAGUGGCCAGCAGUGCCCUGCGCCUGCUGUUGGGCUCACUGCCUGCUGCCCUGCUGCUGCCGCUGGUGCUCAGCGGGGCCAUGCUCAAGGCGGCCGCUUGGCGCGGGCCCCACCGGCGCCCCCUGCCUGCCGCGGGGCUCUGGGUGGCCGUGGCUCCCGGCGAGGCGGCGGUACGUGGCUGCGCUGCCCUGGAGCCCCGGGUCGGUGAGGAGGAGGCCGAGCUCUCCCGCUUGGCUGUGGGACGCCGGCACCGGCGCACUGGCGUUGCCCGCCACCUCCUCGCCUUCCUCGAGGGCCAAGCCCGGGCACAGGGCUACGAGCGCUUGGUGCUGCGGGUGCCCGCUGGCUCCCCAGCCGCCCAAGGACUGCUGGAGGGGGCUGGGUACCGCCGACGCAGCGGCCCCCGCGCCUGGCUGGGCUGCGCCAUGCUGCACGAGUUCAGCAAGGAGCUCUAGCACCCAGGGGUGCCAAUAAACCUCCCCACUGGCACCCA